GUACCAAAAGGCGAUCUCAUCCUCAUCGCCGGCCCGUCUAGGAAUGAGCUCCGCGUCUACUCUCUCAUCCCAUCCAAUGGCUCUCCCAUUUUUGCCUCAAAGAUACCAAAAGCAAACUGCAGCGAUGAUGCCUUAUUGUCAAACCCCUCACGCCCCCCCACCCCCGAGAAGACGAUCUCAAGCAGCCUGAAGUCAGAGAUGAGAGAAUCCUCCCCAAGGCUGAUUUUGGCAGUAGCCAUUCUGGCAGCAAAGUACGGCUGUGCUCUUACCCUUACGGCGACAGCCGAGCACUGGCUCUCGCCUAGGAUCAUGAACAACAUCGCCCAGUCUGGGGUCGUACACCCAGAGAAAAAGAGACUCCUCCUGGCGACGUAUUGGUUCAGGCACGAGAGGGCAUUCGAGCCGGGGUCUUUGCGGAUGAUCACCGAAAUAUCGGAGAGUUUCAGCUGUCUGGCGAAUGGAGAAUCGGUAAAGGAUAGAGCCGUCGCACUGAGGAUUGCUACUGAGCUCUUCUUUGCCCCUAUCUCACUCCAUAUCCCCUACAUGGCAUUUAGGAGAAAUCGACUGAAAUGGGGAGCAAAUAGUCGCACUGGACCAGGAACGCAACGAAACCUGACUAUCUUUGUACACGCGGAUGAUGAAGCAGAUUCACACAAUACCCUAUUGCGAGUGCAACACCCGCAGACCAACUCCCUGGAGGAGGCGGGUUUUCCGCCGUCACGAGAACACAAAUCGGGUCACUACUGCCGCCACAUUCUCAGCCCUCCGCAACGUUGA